AUAUAUUUCUUGUUUUGUUGUUUAAUUUGCUCAUCAUGACUCUGGUACCUCUCAUCUUACUCUUCUGAGUAGUAGAUGUUUGAUGUAGGAGAUGAGUACUUUCUGAAAGUUCCAUUCUCAUUUCAUCCUCAUCUGUAUCAGAUCUAUUCAAACAUUAUGGUGAUUUUUCCCCAUUAAUUUAGAGGGAAAAGAGUUGAUUUUCUAGUAUGGCGGCUUAUUUCCGUGGAGCGCCGGAGAUGCAGCCGGACGGCGGCCUGCAGACGCUUUAUCUCAUGAAUCCGAGCUACGUCGGUGGCUACUCCGACGUGGCGGCCUCUCCGCCGAACAUGGCCCUACUGAACUCCGCCAUCGACAGUAAUUCAGUGAACUCUAUAAGCCUGCAGAAGCACUUUGUCAGCAUCCCGGUCCAUCAGCCCUCGGCUCCGACGCCCCACCAUGACUUCGACAGCGGUGGGCCGAUCCAUGACGGCGUGUCGUCUGCAGUUCAAGGCCUGCUCCCCCGCUUACACCAAAACCUGUGGACUUCCGCGCCUUCGAUGUCGAGCCGCGGCCCAGUGGCCGGCGCCUCCCAGCAAGGCUUGUCUCUCAGCCUCUCCCAGCUCGAGACGGCGGCACCGGAGAUGCCUCCGGCGAGAGCCGACGAGUCGAAGAUCAACGGCGUAACUGGCUUGCUGAUGAGGUCCAAGUACUUGAAGGCGGCGCAGCAGUUGCUCGACGAGGUUGUGAACGUCGGGAAGGGGUUCAAAGAUGAGUUCACAAAGCGGGCCACUUCCAAGAACCCCGCCGCCACCGUCGUCUUCAAAACCACGGACGGUGGAGAGGAGAACACGAGUGCGAAGCGGGCCCCGGAUCUCUCUUCCGCCGAGAAGCAAGAAGUGAGGAUGAAGAAGGCCAAGCUCGUUAACAUGCUCGAGGAAGUCGAACAGAGAUACCAGCAGUACCGCCACCAAAUGCAAGCCGUGGUGUCCUCGUUCGAGGCCAUCGCCGACACCGGAUCAGCGAGGACGUACACCGUGCUGGCUCUCCGGACGAUAUCCAAGCAAUUCCGGUGCCUCCGGGACACCAUCGCCGGCCAAAUCCAGGCCACGAGCAAGAGAUUGGGGGAGGAAGAGGCAAAGUCCGUCGGGUCCAGGCUUCGGUUCACCGACCACCACUUGAAGCAUCAGCCCGCGCUGCAGCAGCUGGGGAUGAUCCAGAACAACGCUUGGCGGCCGCAGAGAGGCCUCCCCGAACGCUCUGUUUCCAUCCUCCGCGCCUGGCUCUUCGAGCACUUCCUCCACCCAUAUCCGCAGGAUUCAGACAAGCUCAUGCUUGCUAAACAAACAGGACUGACAAGGAGCCAGGUCUCGAAUUGGUUUAUCAACGCGAGAGUGCGUCUGUGGAAGCCGAUGGUGGAGGAAAUGUACUUGGAGGAGGUCAAAGAUAAAGAACAAAACACCUCUGAGGACAUGGCGAGCAAGAGCGACGCUCAUGGAAGCACCCCAUCCAAGUCAGUAGUAGAACAACAGGAAAGUAACCCGACCACCGCAAUUCAGCCUUUGGCUACCAAGAAGGCGAGGAGGAGUGAGGAGGAGCUCAUUGCCGGUGACACGAAGAGCAACCAGGAGCUACUGAUGAAGCUCAUGGAUGGAUGGCAGAGAGUCGGGGAGCAACAGAGCUCCCAUCCCUCCUUGAACCCGGGACAUGGCGGCUACGGAGGCUACUCGGUUGGGCAACUCAGGGAGCAAUUUGCUCCGAGGUUCUCAGGCAAUGGGGUGUCCCUCACGCUUGGCCUGCAACACAGUGGGAACCACUCCCUCUCCGUGGUGCAGCCUUCAAGCUUCCUCACAAGCGAAGGCAGCGACUAUAUGGCGCAUCCAUCCAAUGCAGCAGCAUUCAUGGCAGACAGAGGUCUGCUGCUCAAAUAUUACCAGGCAUCAUAGGCUAGGUUUCUUCCUAUAUUGCAUUUCAAUCAGUAAUCAAAUAUAUAUGUGGUUGUUGUGUACUAGUGGUAGUGUAUAUAUACAGAAUAUCAUUCUAUAUACACAGAAUAGAAUUGUAUGAUUGAGUAUAUAUACACUCUCAUUGGAGACUAAGAUGCAAAUCAUCCGUAUGGAAUUGUGCAUCAGUUGCUUCUAGGCAAUAUGGACAUGACGGGGUUGAUAGAUGCAAUGGUAGGGUCAUGGAACUCACUUACGAACUUUUUGCUUGCCAUGGAAGAACACCCAUGUUUCAAUAGCUUGAGGAUUUGAAUGAACUAAUUCUUACAUUGUAUAUAUUUGCCUCCUCUAAUGGUAUAUAGAUGAAUGCCACAUAA